AUGGCGGACGAGAAAAGUGGCGAGAAUGACGCUCGAAGUCUACGCGCUUUGUUUAAGAAUUUGAUGGGUAACACCAGCGCGCACGGGUUGCCAAAUAUCGACCGCGCAGGCAACCCGUUCCGGCGGUGCUUUUGGUCCGUUCUCUUUGUGUGGGCUCUUGGGAUGUUCUUGUGGCAGUGCUACGAACUUGUCUAUGCCUAUUUCCAGUGGGAAGUGGACGUCAACAUCAACAUUCAGUACAAGACUCAAAUUGACUUUCCUGCUGUCACCAUUUGCAAUCUCAACCCGGUCAAAGCUUCCUCCCUAAGUAACAGCAGGGAGCUAGAAAUCUUGCUUGGGUCUCUAGACAGCGAGACCAGCGGGUCGACCGAUGGCAGUUGGACAGCAGUGACCGCUGUGACACCCAAGGUGACAUCAGAUCAACUGUCUGUCAACUCCACAGACGGGGAGCUUUUCGGAGGGACAGCCUCUAGUGUCACAAAAUUGUUGCCGGCGACAGAAGCUGGAUUAACGGCCACAGGUGACACGCACACCCUGAAGGUAAGCUCAGAGCGUGAUCAGCUAACACCAACAUCGACGGACGCCAGUAGUCCGAGUUCUGGCGUCUCAAGUGCGAGUCCUGCAGGAUCUGCGCCAACCCAUGUUGUCGGAGGUACACAGAUGGCAACGAAUGCGGUCACAGCGGGAGUGGGAAUCCCAACAAAAGAAGUUGAGAGGCGGAAACGAGACACGAGCACGAACUCGGAAAGACAAUACCAGAACUGGGAUAACAUCGACUACACGGCGAAAGAGAGCGAUGUAGAUCUUUUCGAUCAAGUAGCUGAUGCCAUUGCCAAGACUGAGUACGGAAAGCGACUGAACUUCGGUCACUCGAUUGAUGAUAUGUUACUGGCCUGCAGCUACAAGGGUUAUCCAUGCGGACCAACGAAUUUCUCCUAUUUCCACAACUACCUGUAUGGUAAUUGUUACACCUUCAAUGCUGGCAUGAAUAGUGACAUCCAAACAUCAAGCAAGCCUGGUCCACUUUACGGCUUGAUUCUUGAGCUGAACUUGGAGGAGACAGAGUACAUUCCAUCUAUACAGCAAGCCUCUGGGGCGCGAGUUGUCAUCGAUCAGCAGUACCGGAUGCCCUUCCCCGAAGAUGCUGGUAUAAAUGUCGCCCCCGGAGUGCUGACUUCAAUAGGAAUAAGAAAGGUCGAGAUAGACAGAAAGUCUGAUCCGUACACGAACUGCACGGAGCGAGACUCGGACGAUUCCCAGACUGUCUUCUCUGAUUUCUUCGGAGCAAAUUACAGCCUGGAGGCGUGUCAAAAGAAUUGCCUGUAUGAGGAGAUUUUUGAGAGAUGUGACUGCGCAGAUACCCGAUUCCGAUUCCUCGCCGAUCGUAUUCCGUGCCUCUCAACAAACAGCUCACAAACAACAUGUAAGGAGGCAGUAGAACACCUCUAUGCCAAUGAUGAGAUCGAAUGUAAUUGCACGUCGCCAUGCCAGGAAUCGUCCUUCGAACUGACUGUAUCCUCAGCAGCCUGGCCUAAUUCGGAAUAUGCGGCCACUGUCUUGGAGAAUUUGCGCCAGAUAUCUGACGAUUUCAGAACCAAAGUAGGCAAUGAUGCAAAUUUCGUGCAGAACAAUGUCUUGAAACUUCAAGUCUACUAUGAACGAUUGAAUUAUGAAAUGAUUACACAAACUCCAAAAUAUGAUGGAUUCGGACUGAUCAGUAAUCUUGGCGGUCAAGUUGGCCUCUGGAUUGGUAUCUCUAUGUGCACGGUUUUCGAAUUCGUCGAGCUUCUUUACGACGUGUGCAAGAUUCUGCUGUUGAAGGUGAUAUUCUGCAGUCACGCUAAGCGGGCAACAGCGCCCUCCGCGUCGGAUCUGAAACUGGACGAAAAGCCCUCUAAACCUCGCCUCGCUUUGAAUAAUUGAGGAGACUAAUAUUAAGGCAAUUAAUUACGGUAUGCAAUAUCAGUGAAUGACAGCGAGACAAUGGUCCUUUUGUCAUGAUGUUUGGUCCGUACCACCAUGGCUCUCAACAUGUCUUCCUCGAUACGUACGGCAAUUGUUUCUUUUUUGUGAU